CUCUGGUCAUACCCUGGAGCCCUGACAUUACACCAAGGCCAAUCCUGACCAGAAGUGGCUGCACAGGGAAGCCAUCUUGGCUUGUUGCUGGGAAGGAUGGAUCUUGAUGAGGUUGUGUAUUUAUCUCUGCUAGUGUGUGAUGACAGAGAGUAUGCUUAUCAGACUCUGAAGGAGUAUCCCCGGGAUGAACUGCUAGAAUGUAUACGGAUCGCUCAUGUUCUAGUAGAUCAGGGCACAGAGUUCUCUGAGGUGCAGCCUUUGAUUGAGGUUUGUGCGGAGUUGGUUUCAUCUGGUACCCCCGAAUGCAGGGAUGAAUUUUUGCCACCAUUUAGUGCAGACCAGGUAGAGUCCCUGGUGUGGUUAUUAGAGGAUGAUGUGGGUUACUUUCUGGAGCGUUAUUCCACAUGUUCACCACAGGUACUAAGAGAUUGUAUAAACGCAGUGCAGUCUUUGGUCAGACAGGCUUUGUGUAAGCUGAGCUUUGUUCAACCCAUACUGCAGACAUGGACAGACUUGUUGCACCCAGCCUCAGUCAGCUUACAACAUCAUUCCUCCACUCAAGGCACUCUUCCUGCAUCCCCGACAGCACCCCCAGUGACUGCCCAGUAUACUCUAACUACCACAUACCAGUCCUCUGCUCCCACUAGCUGCACCUAUCCUUUCUUUAACCCUGUAAAGAAGUCCUCUGUAGCAACUGCUCCCUCCUCUGUUCCAUCUUCCAGCUCUUCUCUGUCCUCAGCUGCUCCAUCCUGCUCCAGUAGUUAAAACCAGAAAAAAGCAGAAAUUCUUUCCAACCAAUACCAUCCUGCCAGUAUCCAAACCGGUGAGCCUGCCGUCUGAGAACCUGCCUUCCGUGGUUCAGCC